AUGAAGUUCUCAACCUCUUUCUCCAUCGCCGGUACCUUGAUCGCCGUAUCGGCACAGAAUUUCGGUGCUGAACCGGCUUGUGCUGUCUCCUGCCUCCAAAGCGCCAUCUCCGUCGCCGGCUGCGACGCCACCGACCAAUCCUGCCAAUGCGGCACCGCCCAAGCCGCGAUCCAAACCGCCGUAACCCCCUGUCUGAUCUCAGCCUGUGACGUGGCCGAGCUCGCCUCCGCCGCCAGCGUCGGUUUCGCACUCUGCUCCGCAUUCAGCGCCUCGGCCACCGCCGUCACCGGAAGCGUCACCACGCAAGCCCUCGCAUCGUCGAAUCCCGGCGGCCUCGCAAGUUCCACAACAGCAGAUGCAAGCGCGACAGGAAGUGCAUUGAGCUCGAGUAAUCCAGGUGGCGUGGUGAGUAUCCUCACCAAUACGAGCGUAUCGUCGACGGCAAGCGCCACGGGUUCGCCAUUGACAUCGUCGAAUCCGGGUGGAGCAAUUAGUUCGGCGGUUUCUUCGGCAGCGAGCUCAGUUAGUUCCGUUGUUUCUUCGGCUUCUAGCUCGGCUAGUGCAGCGAUCUCUUCAGCUUUAAGCUCGGCUUCUGCAUCUGCUUCUGCAUCUGCAAGUUCACCCGCUUCGGUGACAACAAACGCGGCGCCUACCAUGGGCGUUCAGAUGGUGGGAGGAUUGAUGGGUGCGGUUUUGGGUGUCGUUGCUAUCCUGUAG